ACUGCGUUUGUCCAGUAAAAUUUGCUUUCCUUCAGGGAGAAAGCGCUCCUCCUCCUGCCACCUGUUUGCACAGGGAACAGCACACACAGUCCGUGACAAGGAGCUCUCCCUUCUCAACCUCAGACACACCGACAUACCCAACACAAUGGAGACGGCUGACCAGAGCUGAACUGUGAACUGGGGGAAAAAGAUUCAACAUGUCCAUCACUGUCAAUCUAAAGAAGAUUACCAACUUGCCUGGGAAAUAUGAUCGUAAAGUGGAGUUGUCUUUCAGAGGUUUUACACAUAAAACCAGAAUCCUGCAGUGUUCAAAUGUGGCCAUCUUUAAUGAGCACUUCAGGUGGCCACACUAUGGGAAGGUUGUUAAGGAUGAAAUGCUGUCCAUCAGCGUUUACAACUGCAGCAAAGUCUUCAGCAACAGACUGCUGGGGAAGCUGGUCCUUAGUCUACAGCACGUGGUGACGUCGGGGAGACUGUUACUACGAGAACCGUUGACUGACAGUAACUACAGCCUGACAGACAUAUACAUUGAGCUGGAUGUACGGUACCACCCGGUCCAAGGUGCGGCUGGUGGUUGGGAGGGUGAUGAGUUCCUGGAUAUAGAGGACGAUGAUGACUCUGGACUUGUCAUUAGAAAUACUAGUUUUGGUGAACCCAGCUCCAAACAGAACAUGCGACCAGAACGCCUGGACCGGGAGACCAGGAAGAUCGGACGCAGCCUCAUAAGAACUGGAACGGAGGAUGAUGAUGAGGACGAAGAUGACGACGAUGAUGAUUACGACGUGGAUGACAUGGAGUCCGCCAACAUCACGUUCACUCCAAUUCUCAGUCGCUGCAGGCCUCUGUCUCACUACGAGCUGGCCACCGUGCCCAAGGUGCAGUCCUUCCAGGUGAAUGUUAAUGUGGUGGAGGCUCAGAAGCUGGUGGGGGUGAACAUAAACCCCGCUGUGUACAUCACCAUAGGGGACGAGAAGAGGCACACAGCCACUCAAAAAUCCACCAACUGCCCCUUCUACAAUGAGAACUUCAUGUUUGAGUUCCAGGAGACACAGGCAGUUCUGUUUGACAAAGUUAUCGAAAUAACGGUUGUUCAUAAGAAGAUGCUGGCGUUUAUGAUGACCCGGAUCGGCACCUUCAAGAUUGACAUCAGCACGGUGUACAGCCAGCCAGAUCACCGGUUCUACCAGAAAUGGGCGCCCCUGACAGAUCCCAAAGACACGCGGACAGGGGUGAAGGGUUUUGUGAAGUGCACAGUCAGCGUGGUGAUGAAGGGCGACUCCAUGGCCAUGCCCAGCAUCCCCAGCGUGGGCAGCCAGAACGACGACAUCGAAAAGAAUCUCCUCCUGCCCAAGAGGAUGCCAGUGGAACGGCCUUGGGCCAAGUUCCUCCUGAAGGUGUUCAGGGCUGAGGACCUUCCCAGUAUGAAUGCGGGAUUCAUGGGCGGCUUUUCCAAGAUGAUGGGGGAGAAGAAGGUGUUCAUUGAUCCCUACGUGCAGAUCACCUUCGCUGGUCAGCAGGGAGAAACAUCGGUAGCAAGCAGCACCAACACCCCUCAAUGGAAUGAGCAGGUCUCCUUCAUUGAGCAGUUCCCCCCUCUCGCCCGUCGGAUCAAGGUUCAGAUCCUUGAUGAUGCCAACUUUGGAGACAUCGCCUUGGCAACGCAUUUCCUUGACCUGCAGCAGAUCUCUGACCCCAACAGGAAUGGGUUCAACCCCACAUUCGGCCCAUCCUGGAUUAACCUGUACGGCUCGCCGCAGAACUCGACUCUCCGGGACGUGCACCGCGACCUGAACGAGGGCCUGGGCGAGGGCAUCUUCUACAGGGGCCGGAUCCUGCUCUCGGUGGCAGUAGAGGUGUACACCUCCCCCACCGCCGUGGUGGAGAACAAAGCCACGGCCGCCGUCAAGAACGCCUUCAGCAAGCUGUCCGUCAAGAAGAGGAGCAGGAAGUCCAAGGAGAAGAAGAACGAAAAAAACGAGCCGGGUCAAAGUGGGCCCAAGGAGGAGACGGAAGACGCGGGUUCGGAGGUUCCGGGUGCUGUGACUGUAGAGGUGGAGGAGGUUCACCCUCUCCCAGAGAAUUUCUUGGGUCAGAAAGAGGAGUACUUGCUGUUCGCAUCUCUGUUUGAAGUGACCAUGAUCGAUCCAUCCAUUGGCUCAAAGCUGGUCACCUUUGAGUUGUCUAUUGGGAACUAUGGGAAGGCAGCAGAUGUCGUAGUGAAACCAAAGAAGGGCGGGGCCAAGGAGGAGAGGGCAGAAGAGAGGCAGUCGCUGUUGGAAGCAUCAGAUGACGAGCUGGAGAGAGAAGAGCUUCCUGUGGUGGGAUCGCGGAACAAGUCCGUGACCACGCCCAGAAGGCCACAAGCCACAGAGUACGACAGAGCCUUUAGCUGCAUAUCCAUGUUGCGGGACAAGCCUUGUCUCUAUGUGUGGAACUACUUUGAGGACCACAACUUCCGCCUCUAUAACACCAAUUGGCUCUCCAAGAUGGCUGACCGACUGGAAUAUGGGAUUGAUGAGGUGGAGAAGUUACUGAAGAGGCCCAGGAGCCUGGCUAAGGAGAGGCUGGUGGAGGUGCUCUUGGAGUUUGUAGCCAGCUGCAAGCAGUAUAGCUCUAAUAUAGAUAAGAAGACGGUGACGCGACUCAACAACCUAGACAAAUCCCGGAUGGUAUUUUCUAAGAAGAACAUUAUCAUUUUGGCCAAACAAGCCCUUCGCGCCAGGCGAAGGAUCACAAGGCGCUGCACCAAGGAGAAGCUCGCAGACACAAAGAAAAUCCUGAAGAGAGUCAGAUUCCUGGCCAAGGAGCCCCAGAGCACCCUGCCGGACGUCUUCCUGUGGAUGAUGAGCGGGGCCAAGCGCAUAGCUUACGCCAGGAUUCCCGCGCACUCCAUCAUCUUCUCCCUAGUGGAGGAGGAGAAGGGCAGAGACUGCGGGAAGCUCACCACCAUCUACAUGAAGACCCCGGGUGGACCCCUGGGAGAGAUCUUUGCCAAGCUGGAGGUAUACCUGUGGCUCGGCAUCACCAAGUACGCCAAGAACAGUGUAAACAGCCUGCCGGAGGAGUUCAAGCCACUGUAUGAAGAGGCCACAGCCAACACCCCCAUACCCAUAAACAUGCCCCCCUCCAAGCUGUCCUGUGAGGACAGCCGGUACUUCCAGCUGCGGGCUCACAUCUACCAGGCCCGGGGCAUCAUGGCUGCCGACGACAACGGCCUCUCUGACCCUUUCACCAGGGUGGUGUUCUCCACGCAGUGUCAAACAACCCGGAUCAUAGAGGAGACUCUCUCUCCAACAUGGACUCAGCUGCUGCUGUUCCAUCAGAUCCUCAUAGAGGGCAGUAAGGAGGACCUGCGGAACGACCCACCCAUCAUCAUCAUCGACAUGUAUGACUACGACAAAAUCGGCAGUCCGAUGGCGUUGGGUCGUGCGUUCGCUGAGCCGGAGCUGAAGUUCGUGGAGGAGGCGUACAAGAAGCCGGCGCUGCAGUUCUUUGACAUCCGCAGAGGGAAGACUCCCGCAGGGGAGCUGCUGGGUGCGUUUGAGCUGUUAGAGCUCGACUACAGAGGCUACGGAGAGCCUUCUCUCCCGGCAGAUGUGGACCCACGAGAGCCCCUGUUCCUGCCGGAGGAGAGGUACUAUGUUAUCCCCCCGGGGGUGCGGCCUGUGCUGAGGAAAUUCCGAAUUGAGGUUCUGUACUGGGGUGUGCGGGACCUGAAGCGGGUGAACCUGUUUGAGGUGGAGAAGCCACAGGUGAGGAUGGAAUGUGCUGGACAGAUGAUCGAGUCGGAGGAAAUCGAAAGCUACCGGCUCAACCCUAAUUUCAAGGAGAUGGUCAAGCACUUUGACGUGGAGCUGCCGGAGCUCGUGUACCUCCACCCUCCGCUAACCAUCUUCGUGAUGGAGCAGCGAGCCUUCGGCCGCCUGGUGCUCGUGGGAACCCACGUGGUGCAGAGCCUCAUGCACUUUGCCCCCAAAAGCCUGGACGAGUGGAAAGAGGAAGGAGAGGAGCCAGAGCCCCAGGAUGAAAAACCUAAGAAAACUACGGCUCUGAACACUGUGGUGAGCAUGGACCUGAGAGGCCUGCCCCUCAAAGACACCAAGAUCCCCAUCAACCCCCUCAACCUGGUCACUGGUACGAUGAAGAAGGGGCUGCAGAAGCCAGAGGAGCUAGAGGAGGAGGAGCCAGAGAAGGAGGAGCUUGAUUGGUGGUCUAAAUACUACGCCUCACUGGCAGAACUGGAGAAACAGAAUGAGGAAGAAGAGGAUGCUGAUGAGCAGCAGGAUGGAGAUGGAGGAUUGGAGGCCGAGGAGGAUGACGCGGUGGUGGUUGAAAUUGAGCCCCCCCCAAAACCCAAGAGGAAAAAGGUCGCCACUCUGCAGCUCUACCCCUCUGAGCUGGAGAACGAGUUUAACGACUUCAUGGACUGGUUGCACACCUUCCCUAUCUACAAAGGCAAGUCUAACUACGAUGACGAAGAUGAUGAUGACGAUGAACGGACUAUGGGCAAAUACAAGGGUUCAUUUUUAAUAUACCCCAUCUCAAAAGAAGAUGAGGAUGCGGAGUGCCAGAUCACCAACGGAAUCCCCAAAAACCUUCCCAUGAAAGUCCUGGUGAGGGUGUAUAUGGUGAAGGCCACCAACCUGGCGCCCACAGACCCCAACGGCAAAGCGGACCCGUAUGUGGUGGUGAGGGUGGGGGAGCAGCACAUGGACAGUAAGGACCGCUACAUCCCCAAACAGCUCAACCCGGUGUUCGGAGAAGUCUUCGAGCUGACCGUUUCCUUCCCGCUGGAGACCGAGCUCACGCUGUCCGUGUUCGACCACGAUCUGGUGGGGUCCGACGACAUGAUCGGAGAAACCCGCAUCGACCUGGAGAACCGCUUCUACAGCCGACACCGGGCCGGGUGUGGCAUCGCCCUGCACUACGACAAAGACGGGUACAAUCAGUGGAGAGAUGCCAAAAAACCGUCCGCCAUCCUGGCCGACCUCUGCCGCAAGAACGGCAUGCCCUCCCCGGAGUACCGUCAGUCCGAAGUCAAGGUCCUCAACAAAAUCUUCAAAAUUCCCAACGAGGCCUUUCCAGAGGAGCUGCUGAAGAAGAAUAAGAAGACGGAGGAGGACGAGGCGGAGCUGGAGGAGCACAAGGCCCUGAGCGUGCUGCGGCGCUGGGGGGACAUGGGGGAGUUCUGCGAGGGGGCGUAUCCCCUGGUCCCCGAGCACCUGGAGGUCCGCUCCCUUCUGAACCCCGAGAAGCCCGGACUGCCCCAGGGCUACGCUCACAUGUGGAUCGACAUGUUCCCUGUGGACGUGCCCGCUCGUCCGCCCGUCAACAUCAAGCCCCGCCUCCCCAUAAGCUACGAACUGCGUGUGAUCAUAUGGAACACGGAUGACGUGGUGCUGGACGAUGUCAACCCCUUCACCGGAGAGCUGUCUAGUGACAUUUACGUAAAAGGCUGGAUCAAAGGUUUGGAUGGGCAGCGUCAGGAGACGGACGUCCACUUCAACUCCCUGACCGGGGAGGGCAACUUCAACUGGCGCUUCGUUUUCCGCUUUGACUACCUGCCCACGGAGAAGGAGAUCACCUACAAGAAGAAGGAGUCCCUGUUCUCCCUGGAGGCGUCCGAAUUCCGCCAGCCCGCCGUCCUGGUGCUGCAGGUCUGGGACUACGACCGCAUCGGAGCCAACGACUUCCUGGGGUCCAUAGAGCUGCGUCUGAACGACAUGGUCCGGGCGGCCAAGACCUCGGGCCAGUGCAACGUGCGGAUGGCGAAGGACCGCGCCACGCCCCGCUUCUCCAUCUUCCGCAGCAAGCGCAUGAAGGGCUGGUGGCCCCUGAUCAAGCUCAAGAGCCAGGAGGACAUCGAGCGGGAGGAGCGCGAGGCCGAGGAGGCCAAGAAGAACAAGAACAAGAAGAAGAAGAAGAAGAGCAAGCGCAGCCAGAUGAAGCCGGAGGACCUGCAGUUCGUGGACGCCAGCGGGAACACUUAUCUCCUGAUGGGGAAGGUGGAGGCCGAGUUCCAGCUGGUGAUGGCUGAGGAGGCGGACAACAACCCCGUGGGCCUGGCGCGCAAAGAGCCCGAACCACUAGACAAACCCAAUCGUCCCAAGACCUCUUUCAACUGGUUCGUGAACCCGAUGAAAACCUUCAUCUUCUUCAUCUGGAAGAAAUACAAGAAGUACAUCAUCGCCCUGUUGGUGCUGGCGCUCUUGACCAUGUUCCUCGUCCUCAUCCUGUACACACUUCCUGGCCAGAUCAGCCAGCUGAUCGUCAACGGAUGAUCCUCGAGGGCAGCUGCUCUUUCAUUAUCUUUCUUUUUCAUUUUCACUCACUUCUUAAAUCUGCCUCUGGACAGUAGGUCAGCUGCGGUUCCUCGAUCAGAGAGCCUGCCAAAAUCCCCGGAGCACAAAAAGCAACAAUCAAACUUUUUUGCGUUCCUUUUCCAUGUGUUCUUACUGUGUAGUCGUUAUGAACAAAAGUGCAGGUUAUAAAAAAUGUAUGUACUGGAAUCAUGCUUGAGAUUCACUGUAUAGUUAUCGCUUUUUUAUUUGGUUUAUUAUAAUUGCUAAUGUAUUAAAAACUAACUAGGAAUAUUGGAAAUCUGCGCUGAAAGUCACUUGCAUUGUUAUUACAGACCCAUAGCGGUCUUCCUUGAGAAAUGACACAAUCUUGCGUUGUUGAGUAACGUGUUGUCGAGUAACGUGUAAAUGUAUUUCAAGGCAUCGUUUGACAAGUGCUGUGUGAUAACAGCAGAACAAGUGCAUACAGCUAUGUGCACUGUCAUGGUUGUUAUCAAAGCUUCUUAGCCUGUGUGAUUGGAUUUGUUGCCAUAUUAAUGUAAUCAUCUGAGGUGCAGGUGUUAAAUUUUAAGGAAACGUUUCUUCAGGAGAGGUAUAUCCUACAUGCCUAAAAUAUAUGUAUACACAAAACUCAUACAUGUUCUUUUCUGUUCAGAGUAGUUUUAUACGAAAUAUGAAAUAUUUACAAAGACAUUAAAGGCAACUCAGUGAAAAGACUA